AUGAUGUCUGAUCAGUUUAGAAAAGUAGAACCAUAUUCUCCAAAGUCCUCACCUCGAGGUGCGAGGUCACCAGUUGUUUCACGGCAAGAUUCUUCUGGUACCCUCAAAACUACUAUUUCACUGGGUAAAAAUCCCUCCAUAGUACACAGUGGACCAUUCUAUUUGAUGAAAGAACCUCCAGGAGAAUGUGAGUUAACAGGAGCAACAAAUUUAAUGGCGUAUUAUGGACUUGAACAUUCGUAUAGUAAGUUUAACGGGAAAAAAUUAAAGGAAUCGCUAUCUUCCUUUUUACCUACAUUACCAGGAAUCAUGGACGGACCUGGACAAGAGGAUAACAGCACAUUGGGUUCUGUAAUCGCAAAACGUCCUAUAGGAGGAAAGGAAUUAUUACCAUUGACUAGUGCUCAGCUUGCUGGCUUCCGGUUACAUCCAGGGCCACUUCCAGAGCAGUACCGCUAUGUGAGUGCUACCCCACCCAAAAAACAUAAGAGCAAACACAAGAAACAUAAACACAAGGAUGGUGCUCCUCCAGGCCAAGAUACUCCACUGCAAGAUUCAUCAAAUCCAGACACCUAUGAAAAGAAACAUAAAAAGCAAAAGCGUCAUGAUGAUGACAAGGAGAGGAAAAAGCGCAAAAAAGAGAAAAAGAGGAAAAAACAAAAACACAGUCCGGAGCAUGGAGGGCUAACACCCAGCCAACAUCCAUUACCUUAA